CGGAAGAAACACAAAAGUUGUACCAUACGAGAUGAGGUAAACUGAAUUUGCUUGUCCACCGCGUGCUCCUUGUUGAAAGAGAAAAAAUGAAAAGAGGUUUGGUCAGUGAGGUCUUUGCAACCCAUUUUCUCACUCCGCUGCCCCUACCCACCUAGCCGUCGCCCUUCCUCGCUGCGGCGCCACCCUCCACUUUCACUGUCCUCCUCAUCUUUCUGAGUAGGUUCACGUAGCUAGGGUUUUAUUUUCUCUCUCUUUUCAUCAGCGGGAAUACUCGGGGAAGAUGACUUUCUGAAGGUUUAGCCUGAUAUCAAUACGGUCAGUGGCGUAGUCACGUAGACGGAAGCUGAUGUUAUAGCAGGUGUUCCAUCUGAAUAAUGUUUCUAGCAUUCAGGAUGAAGCAGUAAAAUAUUGCAGAGUGAAACUUUACUUCUUCUUUGGGUGGGCAGAGUGACUUGAAGUUUAACGUGUGAAUUUGGUCACUGUGUUUUGUGUUUGAUCAAAAUGGACGAAAACGGUCUUGAUCUGAGCUUAGGUCUGCCCUGUGGUGGAGGGGCUGCCUCCGAGAAAAGUAAAAGUGGGAGCUCAUCGGAUUCUAAGGUUGAGGAAGUUGAUAGAGAUGGCAAGGUGAUCAAUGAUUUCAAGAACUUUCUGGAUGGAAGCACUAGCAGCCAAAAACAUGAUUCUGGUGUGGGUUCUCAGAGAAGUGAUUCAACAAAACAUGAGGGGAACUUGCUCCCCAGCAUUAGUGUUGACGUAGAUGCUUCUAAAAAGUUAAAUAGUGGAGGAUUCUGGGUUCAAAAUGAUAGUAGACCUAUAGAAGUUGAAGAAGAUAGGAGAGCUGAUGUGGGUGACAAACGUAAAAAUCUGUUCAGGGAGUCAAGUCAACAGAAGAAGCAAGAGAGAGAAGGUCAUCAUGCUGAUACGCAUGACAAGACCAGGGCAUCACACAUUUCAAUAACCACAGAUGAAGGUUCGACUGCAGAAAAUGAAGAUGUAGCUGAUUCUGAAACUGUGGGUUCAACAUCCAGGCAAAUUUUGCAGCAUGAUGAGAGCUCCAAGAGAUUUGUUGGAAGUAGUGGUUUAGCUGAGGUUCAUAAGGAGCUUCGCAGUGUUCCGUCUUCAAGUGGUGUAGAAUUAAUAGGACACAGAAGGUUUACUAUUUCUUCAGAGAAGGAUGUUAAGUUUAGGAAUAUACCAUAUACUAUCCCAUUCCAGGGCCAAUCAAUAAACAUCAUGAACCUGCCUUACUCUAUGCCUCUGAAUUCUAACACUGCUGGUACAACAAGUACGCCUAGUUACCCAAUUCCUGGCAUGAUGCAAGUGAUGGCUACCACAAGUGGAGAUAGACCAGGAAGCCAGCCUGUCAUACCUGCAAACUUGCCAUUAAUGUUUGGCUACUCUUCUGUACAGCUUCCAACAUUGGACGAGGAUAACCUCCGCGGUGUGGCUUCUCAUCUUCAACAGCUUCACCCUUCCCAUGGAAGAGGUCCUCUGGGCUCAGAUAUGCAGAAAGAUGGACCAAAUAUUUCUCAAGCUACUACGUCAUCUAUUCCGCACAAGUCAUCUGAUUCUGUACAAUAUGAUGGGAGGGCAAUGGAGCAUGUGAAAGGCAAUGGGAGACAGCAUAAGGCAGAAGAAACUUCCACUUCUCGAGGGGAAGAAAAUGUGAAAGGAAGCAACAUAAGCUUCAGGGCAAAAGACCCUCCUGAGCAGCCCAGAGCAGAAGCAGUUCCUUCUGAAUUUUCAACUAUAAGGCCAGGUCUUGCUGCAGAUUUGAAAUUUGGAGGAUCUGGUUCCUACCCGAACCUUCCGUGGGUCUCAACGACUGGUCCUGGUCCAAAUGGUAGAACAAUAUCUGGUGUUACUUACAGAUACAGUUCCACCCAAAUCAGGAUUGUCUGUGCUUGUCAUGGGUCUCACAUGUCACCAGAUGACUUUGUGCGGCAUGCAAGCGUAGAGCAAACUAGUCAAGAACCUGGCACUGGGGUUUCAUCAUUUCCAAGUAGCAAUCCGGCUGCCUCUGCCCAAAGCUGAUUUUGAAUAUAAAAUCCUGUGCUGAAGAAUGAAGUCAUCUUUCCUUGUAUCUUCAAAUAAAUGUAGGAAGCAGAAGUAUCUUCAUAGUUCAAAUGAAUGUGUGAGUUUCUGCAUAUAUCUUGAUGCAUAUGCACAUAUCCCAUUAAAUGCUGUUAGCCUAGCCUCUGGAAUUGAUAUGCUAGCAAAAUAUUUGUAAUAAAGUAUGACUUUUUCUUUAUCGAGUAUAUCAUAAGCGCUCUCUGGGGCUUUCCAUUUCA